AUGGAAUUUUAUCAUGUAGAAUGGGAUGAUGCUAUAGUGCCCAUCACAUUUCAACAAACUUAUUCUGACAUUAGUACUGGUAAUAAGAUUUUGGGACACGAAUUCUUGGAGGCUUUGGGAUUAUUAGAUAAUGAAGUUGUAUCCGUCAAUAUGGAUGAUGAUGACAAUAGCGAAUCUGAUAUCGACGAAGAAGAUAAUGUUUUGAAAAAGCUUUAUCGAGACCGGGAAGCUCGUCAACAUUUUAUUCUUCUUAGGCUAUUUACCAUUUGCCUUCCUAAUUUAUCUGAGCAAGCAAAAAAUAGAUUAUUUGUCACAUUUUCUAGAUCUAAUUCAUUUGAAGUAUUAGAGCACAACGCAUUAUUGGAUGCUCUAGCUCAUCCUGUGAAAGGUUUAAAUCUUUUUGAAUACGAUGAACUUGG